GGGUUGCCAAGCCACGUCAGUUGUAAGGCCGCCAUAUUUGCCGGCCGUGGUCGCAUUCGCAGCGCAGAAAAAAGCGUGACAAAAUGAAUAUAUUCCGUUUAGCGGGGGAUUUUUCCCACCUAAUGGCCAUCAUAAUCCUCCUGCUCAAGAUAUGGAAGACACGGUCGUGUUCAGGCAUCUCGGGCAAGAGCCAGAUCCUGUUCUCGGUGGUGUACACGGCGCGGUACCUGGACCUGUUCACAACCUUCGUGUCGCCCUACAACUCGUUCAUGAAGGUGGUGUUCCUGGCCGCCUCUUAUGCCACCCUGUACCUCAUGUACGUCAAGUUCAAGGCCACCAACGACCGGAACCACGACACCUUCCGCAUCGAGUUCCUGCUGGUGCCCGUCACCCUGCUUGCACUCCUCGUCAACCACGAGUUCACGCCCCUCGAGGCGCAACUGAACCGAAAGACCAGUGACGAAAACGAACUCCUGCAGAGCAUCCUGUCUCACGCCUCGCUGGUGUUUAGGGACCCCGUCGAGGUCUUGUGGACCCUGUCCAUCUACCUGGAGGCGGUGGCCAUCCUGCCGCAGCUGUUCCUCGUGUCCAAGACAGGGGAGGCGGAGACCAUCACUUCGCACUACCUGUUCUGCCUGGGCUCGUACCGGGCUCUGUACAUCUUCAACUGGGUCUACCGCUACUACACGGAGGAGUUCUACGACCUCAUCGCCAUCGUAGCCGGCAUUGUGCAGACAGUGCUCUACUGUGACUUCUUCUACCUUUAUGUCACCCGAGUGAUCAAGGGAAAGGCGCUGAAGCUCCCAGCCUAGUUCUUAGAAGACCAGCACGGUCGAGGCCUCUGCUGAACUGCAACGAGAUUGAGUCUCCGGCCGCUUCUCCUGUUUGUGACUUGUUUUUCAGUUGGGUAACAAUGGGGCGGGAUCAAUCUCAGUGUUGCAUCGAGUCUCUGACCUUGUCAUGAUUUUGUCUCUCUCAAGCGUGGUUGAGUGGUCACGGUGAAGAAAAAAAAAAAGUAUCUUCUUUUGUCGUCUUGGCACAUCACCUUGUUUUUUUUUCUGGUCUUUGGGGAGGGGAUUGAGGGUGAGAUAGGGUACUUGUACAGUUUGCUGCCAUCCUCUCCAUUUGUCUUUGCCCUUCUAUCCCCCCUCACCCGUUCAAAAGGUAAAAGAUGGAAGCACUUUGCAGUUUGUUUUUCUUUAUUAUUUCAACUCAUCUUCACAUCAGUGCUCUAGCAGUUGUGUGUGCAACUCCUGUGCUGCCAACAUCCUUCAGCAGGUGCUCGUGAAAUGUAAGCGUGGAACUCGGCUUGAGCCGCAUGAAAGCCGCCUGGAGUUCACUGCCGAACAAGCGUGACGGUCAUAUGCCGACGUCGGCACGGCUCUUCGCAAACAUCGGCUAGACGUUGGCUUAGUCUAAACAGCCGACGUUGAGUGCCUCCCAAAUAGCACACAAUGCGGGACCAGGAAAUUAAAGUUUAAGGCCUUGUGCCGAUGUCGCUAUGGUUGAACUGAUGUCGGCCACACGUCGGCAGCACAUAGGCUACACAUCUGCGCCCUAUCGGCCGCUUGUGGGCAGCCAACGACGAGUGUCCCCCGAACAGCCCAUGUUGUGUGUUGUUUGGGAGGCACUCGUUUGAAAUCGAGUUGAGACAGCCGUGCCGUCAUCGGCCCGACUUUAGCGACCAAACCUCGGCAGUGAAUUCUGGGCCGGCUUGCCACAGGGUGCCGACUGAUGUCUGUGCAAGUUUGGAGACGGGCAUUUCUUUUCUUGACUUUACGUAAGAAUGGCAAGUGUGCUUUGUAAUGGAAUUGGUGUCGAACUCUGUGGCAAGUUUGGUUUCUAAAGCUCUGUGUUGGUUCCUGCGAGGGAAGACGUAUUGGGACUGCUUAAGCAGGUGUACGGAGUAUAGGCGGCGGUGACAUAGCAGUUACAUAUACGGCAUCUUCUUUGUUGUUUAUCUUUGGUAGAAAUAUUGCGUGCGUAAGUAUGAGCUGGCUUUAUUUUUUAUUUAGUAUAUCGCAUGUUUGUCUUCCCCCCCCCCCCCCUCCGAAUCCUUUUUGUGUUGCUUUGUAACUCCCGGGGUUUCCCGUGGAAUGGAGUCGCAUUUGCGCGAAAGGGUGGACCGAGAGAUCGUGGCAAUAGGGGAGUGGCAGGGUAGCGGAUUUCUGCGUGAAUGUUGCAAGUGACAAUUCAGAAUCGCAAACUUGAAACGGUUGCCACCAAGGGUCGGGGAGAGCAACGCCAAAAAGCAGCGCCGCCGUCACCAAAGUUGAACCGCAAGAAUGCUGUCGGUCAUGCGGGCGAGAACGAGUUGUGAAUAAAACCUGGCACUGACUUUGUA